UAAAGAUGAUUGUGCUGGAGGGAACGCGAACCAAACUACGUGUGCCUGAGACGAUCACCACGAGCAAUAAGCUGCUGUUCAAAUGGAAGGUGCCACCAUCACCACAGGCCCUCUACGUGCUGGUAGGUGUCUUCCUGAUGGGGGCAGCAACAAGCCAGCUUCUCACGGACAUUGCCAAGUACACCAUUGGGCGUCUGCGGCCACACUUCUUUGACCUGUGCCAGCCUCACAACCUGAAGGUCCUGUGUGCAAAGCCGUAUGCUUAUGUGGAAAACUUCACCUGCAGCAGCAAUGCAACGGCCCACCAGCUAAAAGAGAUGCGGCUCUCCUUCAUGUCAGGGCACUCAUCUUUCUCAGCAUACACCAUGCUGUACACAGUGCUGUACAUCCAUGCACGGAUGCCAUGGCGCAACUCUCUGGCCGUGGCUGCACGUACGGUGGUCCAGGUGGCGCUGCUGUCACUGGCCUGGUACACGGCACUCUCUCGUGUCUCUGACUACAAGCACCACUGGAGUGAUGUGCUAGCUGGUGCAGCCGAAGGCUACCUGGUGGCCAUUGUCGUGGCAUGGGGCGUCGCACCAUUCUUCAACCCUCAUGGCGGCCACCUGAUUACGGGAGGAACCAUUUCUCCUGAAGAAGAGCUCUUGCGAAAGCAUGAAUUGCCAAGUCAUGCAGCAUCAGUGUAGCGAAGCAGCGGUCUCACCAUUCCACCCAAUUUGGGAUACUGAUAUUCAUCAUCACUUUCUCAGCAGUUGCACGAACUCUGAUGCCACGAUCAUGUAGACAUGCUGGCUUUAUGAUUUCUCUGAAUGCUUUUGCAUUUUCUGCCCGCUGUUGUUGUGUUGCACGUAACCGUUUUGUCAAGCAUUUUUCACAAAGCUCUGGCACUGUCAUUUUGAUAGGCCACUGAGAGCACUGGGAGACAACAAACAAGGCCAACAGUUCUUACCACAUAGUGACUCAGUUCACUCAUAUUAAGCUCUAAAGGGCCCCAACUGCCUCUGAUAUUUUGAGCACAUAUUAAAAUAAACACGCGCAUUGUGGGCAGAAUGCUGCGAUGUUUAUCUUUCGCUAACAUGGCAAAGUUAUGUCCCGAAGCAAGUUAAAAAGAAGUGUCCUUUUCUUCGGGCUUUCCUGUCCCUUUUCACAAGUCAUGAAGCCAACAGGGUCAUGCACAUGAUGCCACUAAGGCAAAAGCUAUCGAUUGGUUUCUCUGUGAGGGAUGUCAGUUCUGAUCUGUCUGCCAGCAUGCUUUUGCUAGGCAGCUGCAUGCCUAAUCUUCCUCUUCGUCUUGCUUGCCUGUUGUGUGCAAUCAAUUGAUUUCAUAUUGUGUAGCAUGUUUUGCAAUGUGUGUGCAGUGACAAUAGCACGCAGCCAAAAAGUAGAGUCAUGGCAACCGGAAGUAGAUGGUGUUUUCAAACUAGAAAAAAGCGGUAACAGUGACGUUCGGUCCCAAAGUAGGUGUCCACAUGUCGUUUAGAGAAGUACAAAGGAAAGUGCACCCAUGGAGACGGUAGCGAAGGUGAGCGAGAAACCGCUUACUCGCCUUUGAGCUCGGAGUGGUUAGGGGCCCUUUAAUGUCACGUCAUCACUACUUGCUAUCGUGCGGUCAGUCGCCAGUAUUUAUCUCAAAUUGCAGAGUGAUCCCAAACUCCCAAGCCAAAUGUUAUGACCGAUAAUUUUUACAAUGGCUAAUCAUCUUAGCUGCACUAUUGCGACUACUGUGAGCUCCAUACAGCUCUUACAUGUGCAUACGUUAACUUAUUCUGUGACAUUAAAGCAUAAGCCUUUUGCAAAGUGUUGCACACCAACUUCAGGGUCUUCAUGUGUUCAGCGUCAGAGCACACAGCCCAAAUAUGAAGCUUUUACUGGUGCUACCUGUUUACCUUUCUACGUUGACAGUGUAGUUUGUUGCAACAGCAAAGCAGAAUGUGUACUGCAUAGCAACUACAGUGUAAAUGUUGUUGUAAACCCUAUACAGCAUUUCUGAAGUGUCGCAUUGUCACCACGGAAUGGCCUUCAUCUCCCACUGCUACCAAAGUUGCAUGCUUUGUUACCACUUUCAUUAACAAGUCAUUUGCUUAAUAUUGUUUAACUGCAAGAGUGCACACUGAUGUUUAGCUUUGACAUUCCACUUGUUCUGAACUAGUUUUACACAACCUGUGCUGCUUUUAUUGGUGAUUAUUUUCAAAGAGCUUGCUGCUUGUUUGCAUUUGGGGAAUGUUGAACGUUAGAGAACACCAGGCAGUUGAAACUGAUCCUAACUGUAGCUCUAGGAAGUAAAACAGCAUCAAUCAUUUUAAAAGAGCCCUCCACCACACAUUAAGCUACCACUUUUCUUUUGUUGGCUUUACAGCAUGAUGGCUGUAGGUGCCUUUAUUGUUCAUUGCAGAUUGAGCUAGUUGGUAUUGCACACCAUUUUUGUGUGAAGCACGGGUGUUUAACAAAGACACAAAUAAACAAGUAAACCACAUUUUUCACAAAAGUGAUGCAAUGUAGAAGUAUUUAUUUUAAUAUGCCCAAGAAAUUGAGAUAUUAUUACUGACUGCACUACACAAAGCAUCAGCUUUCAGCAUCACCAUAAAGGAAGCCUUCUCAUUCGUGUAGUAUUUAUAUUUUAGCCAGUUCCUGUAGAUCAUUUUCAUCUUUGAGCCUGUUCUUUCUCUUAAGGUAGUGCCUUCGUGAUUGAUCUCAUAGUUAUCACUACCUCAACAUCCACUGUUGUAACUAGGCAAUAAUAGGCCACACAUUCCCAUAGCUAAAUUUAUGUUGCAGCAUCUUUUCGCCCUCUGGUGCUAUGAAUGAACAGGAAUGAUUAUUCAAGCUUUAAUGUCAGUGUAACCAUACAAAUGCAACUGUAAGCAUACAACUUGAGGAAUUUCAGAACACUUGGUUGAUGCCAGACCGUCUUGAAUGUACUUGAACUAAAUGUCUUGCCCGCCUGCAACCUUUUUUUCGUGUGUGGUUUUGCAAGUGCCUUGUCUCCAUGACUGUGAAUUGGUUGAAACCACAGUUUUGCACACAAUAUCUCCACAAAGAAAUCUGUCAUGCCAACGUGACAGUUUGAUGAGCAUUAUAAUCGUUAGAAUUAUAACAGCCCUUAGCACAACUGGCUUCAAGCUACCCUGCAAUUCCUUGUAAAUGCACUUAAUGCCACUUGAUUACCUACAAUAACUUUAGUUUGACUCAGCUUCCCAGUACUGCAGUUUUUAGGUGUCGCCAUUCGACUGCAUUUCAGAGUUUACAAAAUAAAAAGUUGAGAGUAUAAAACACAAAUUACUCGAUGCAAAAAUAUUAAUAAGAUUUUGCAACUCACAUGUAAAAAGCAAAUGUCACCUAUCUGACAAGAUGAAAGCUCUGCAAAGAACAGAGUUAGAUCUGAAUGCUAAACAUUUCAUAGCUGAGAUGGCACAGUGAUGUCAAUGAGAAAAGAGCGAGAAGUACGUUCUCACAUAAUUACUAUCAUCAAUAGCGCUCUUUCUUAAGAUUACUAAAAGAAAAUCUGGUGCUAAAGGUUAUAUAGGCAAGCCGGAAGCCACAAAGUUCCACCGUUUCAACGAACAUGGGAACGUUGGGCAGCACAUGGAUUUGGCUAAACUCUGGCCUUAUGGCUUUGGAAUAUUUUUGUGGCUUCCUAGAUUAACUUUUUGAAAAUAAUUUGUGGCCAUGAAUUCAGUGCACGUCAGCAAGGAGUUUUAAACCACUGGGUGUUAAAAAAAAAUGCAAAAGGCAUACAAAGCAGUGUUUUUUGGUACACAAAGCCGCUCGGAGACACUAUCUCUAAAUCUCCUUAAUGAAGCUCACCAUCACCUUUAGGGCUACCAUUCUACUCUUUUCAGAACAAUGCAGUUACAGUUAAGAAAUACACUGUGGGCAUUACUGUGCAGAGAUUUAGACACAUAUACUUUUAAAACCUUAUAAUGUGCACCCAUUUAACACGCAUGUGUGCUUAAUGGUGUAAAAAAUUUGUUUUUCCUAAUUACACAAAGGAAUCAAUGGAUAAGCACAAUAUGGGACUUUAGCAUCAUUAACAUGCACAGGGACAUGUAUGGCCAAGUGCAGAUAUCUUAGUGCAGGCAUGUAGCACAUUAUAAGCAGUUUUGUUCUUAUUAAAGAACUACCAGAAGAAAUACAUUAUUAUUGAGUCUGACAUAUCUUUAUUUCUUUUACCUUAUCAGAGAUAACUGGCUAAUAUGAUGCCUAAUAGAUAUUACAAAAAAGUAAUCAACAACUUUUCAUUCUCCUAUUAGCGCUUCGAUACUAAGGUGUUUUCGUCCAAAAGCAGAAAAUUCUGUACUCAAAGAAGCCACACCCAAGUCAGAAAAAUCUAUGCACUAGACCAAUAAUUCCCAUUGAGAGUGAGCGAUCGCAGCACCAAACUUGCUGCCAGCAAUCCUUGCAUGAAACAGUGUGCCAUUAUCUUUCUGCAGCACAUGGUUUCGGUAUCCCCUCUAGUAACUUUUUCAUCCUCUACGUUGGUGUUGUCGAUGGCGCAACUGUUGUCAGGAGGGAUGACUUUAUGAAGCUGUUUGAUUAAACAGGGCCGCUAAUUUGUACACGUUCGAAAAGCCGACGAUUGGUUUUGCUUCACGCGAUUGGCCUAGGUCGUGAUAUCAGCGCGGCCUGGGCAAUCAUGUGAGACAAAACUGGACGUUGGCUUUUCGAACGCGUAUAAGAUAGCAGCCCAGCUGUUUACUUUCUUUCUUUUAUGGGCUCAAUACUAGUGGUCAAUUAUGUCUGUAAAAGAACUGGCUGGCAUUGCAGAGUUAAUAUUUUAUAUAUUAAGGAUUUUUUGCGUGGAGAAAGUGGCUGGCCUUACAAUAAUUUGUGCUGUGAAUGUAACUUCGAUAUAUAUUGUGGGAAUGUGCGACUCUCACAUGUCACCAGCCAUUGGUUUCUUUUUCAUACUUUUCAUAUUGUGUUUGCAACAUAGGAUGCAUUGGAGUAAUAACUUUGUUUUGUUCCUUGAAAUAGGUAGCCUUCUAAAUGCAGCUACCUGCUCACAGAGGACAUCCAUCAUAUAUACAGCUCAUAAACAAAUUGGAAACUGAUUGUUAAUUUUAAAAACUCUAUUGGGGUGAACCUGCUUGUUUUGUUUUCUGUGUGCCAAAAAUGUGCCUUGAAUAAUAAAAAAAGUGUCAAUUACAUUUUUAUUUUUUAAUGUGCACUGCUGGCUUUGCUUGCAAUGCUUGUAUACCAGUACCUUGCAAAUAAAACACUGCCCUUUUUU